ACUCAUCAGUGAGAGAGAGAGAGAGAGAGAGAGAGAGAGAGCAUUUGCUAUUAGCAGCAGGAGAGAGAUAAAGACACAGAACGAGAGAGAGCAGGAGUCAGAUGAGGAGAAAGAAAUCGAAGAAAUAGUCAAAUCGAGAGAAAUCGCUCGCAGAGAUAGAGAUUGCUUUCCGUUUCCAGUCUAGAGUUUCUGAAGAUGUUCUUCUUCCGGUGGAGUUUUGUGGAAUUAGGGUCUUUUAGAAGUAGUUUUGGUUUUUUCGAGUAGCUAGGGGUUUUAGUAUUUAGAUAUAUUUGCCUGAGGAGCUGCAGAUGAGAGAUCUGUGCUGAAGUUUGUAAGAAAUGGCUUCUUCAGAGGUUUCGAUUAAAGGAAAUUGCAGUAACGGCCGUGGAGAGAGCUUGUCUUCCGGUUGCAGCGAGCCUAAUAAUGCCGGAAUCGCAAAUAACAGCGUGUCGGAGGCCCCGAAAGUGUAUACAACUUUUCCGGUUGGUGGAAGAGAUUUUGAAGACGCGCUUUAUACAGAGCUUUGGCAUGCUUGUGCUGGUCCGCUCGUGACGGUGCCACGCGAAGGGGAGAGAGUUUUCUACUUUCCUCAGGGCCAUAUCGAGCAGGUUGAGGCAUCAACGAAUCAAGUCGCCGACCAGCAGAUGCCGAUUUAUAACCUGUCGCCUAAGAUCCUCUGCCAUGUGAUUAACGUCCAUUUGAAGGCGGAACCUGACACUGACGAAGUGUUCGCUCAAGUAACUUUGCUUCCUGAAGCGAAUCAAGAUGAAAACGCAGUAGAGAAGGAGCCGUUGCCUCCUCCUCCUCCCCGUCCUCAUGUACACUCGUUUUGUAAGACCUUGACGGCCUCUGAUACUAGCACUCAUGGUGGAUUUUCGGUUCUGAGACGGCAUGCAGAUGAAUGCCUCCCACCGCUGGACAUGGGCCGGCAACCACCAACCCAGGAAUUGGUGGCCAAGGAUUUGCAUGGGGUUGAGUGGCGGUUCCGCCAUAUAUUUCGUGGUCAGCCCAGGAGGCAUUUGCUUCAAAGUGGUUGGAGCGUCUUUGUAAGCUCCAAAAGGCUUGUUGCUGGGGAUGCUUUCAUUUUUCUCAGAGGUGAAAAUGGGGAACUUCGUGUUGGAGUUAGACGUGCUAUGAGACAACAAAGUACCAUUCCUUCUUCAGUCAUAUCUAGUCACAGCAUGCACCUGGGAGUCCUUGCAACGGCAUGGCAUGCUGUCUCAACAGGAACCAUGUUCACGGUGUAUUACAAACCUAGGUCAAGCCCUGCAGGGUUUAUUGUUCCAUUUGAUCAAUACAUGGAGUCUGUCAAGAACAACUAUUCUGUAGGGAUGAGGUUCAAAAUGAGAUUUGAAGGUGAAGAAGCUCCGGAGCAGAGGUUUACCGGUACCGUAGUAGGCGUUGGUGAUGCUGAUCCGAACAGGUGGGCUGGAUCAAAAUGGAGAUGCCUCAAGGUCCGAUGGGAUGAGACUUCUUCCAUUCCUCGACCAGAUAGAGUUUCUCCCUGGAAAAUAGAACCUGCUUUGUCCCCUCCCCAACUGAAUCCCCCUCCUGUACCUCGGGCGAAAAGACCACGUACAAACAUGGUGCCAUCUUCUUCUGAUUCCUCUGUUCUCACAAGGGAAGGUUCAUCUCGAGUGACAGUAGACCCUUCGCCAGUAAAUGGAUUUUUAAGGGUCUUGCAAGGUCAAGAAAUAUCGUCCUUGCGAGGUGCCUUUUCUGAGAAUAAUGAAUCAGACACUGCUCAAAAGCCAGUUGUAUGGAUACCUUCCCAGGGUAAUGAGAAAACUGACAUGGUUUCUGCUCAGCGAAGAUAUGGAGUAGAGAAUUGGGUGCCUCUGGUGAGGCAUGAUUUAACCUAUACAGAUCUACUGUCAGGUUUUCGAACACCUAAUGACACCUCUCAUAGUUUCCAUCAACAAAUUGUUGACCAAAACUCAGAUGAUUCUAAUGCAAUGAAGAAGCAUUUCCGAGACCAGGAAGGCAAAUUAAGCAUAUUUUCAGACACAUGGUCCAUGAUGCCAUCUAGUCCAUCCCUGAACAUGUUGGAGUCUAGUAUCAAGAUUAAUACACAAUGUGGUGAUCUUCCUUAUGAGAAACCAGGGAAUGGUAGAUGCAAUGAAUUGAGUGGAUACCCAAUGCUGCAGAAUCUUCGAGCAGAGCAGCAUCAAGGGAACUGGGUGAUACCUCUUCGUCCUGCUUCUCACUUGGAUAAUAAUCAUGCAAGGGGGCUAAGACCACAGUCUGCAUUAUUGCAACAGCAUGAGACUGCGAAAUCCAAAGGAUCUGGAAGCUGCAAGCUCUUUGGUAUACCCCUCGUUAGUAAUCCUGUGCCAUCAGAACCAGUGCUGCUGCAUUCGAGAAGCAAGUAUGAAACAGAAAACCAUGUCCAUCCUGUGUUGCAUCAGCCACAGGCUUUGGAAUCCGACCAACAUUCUGAGCGAUCAAAGGGCUCAAAGUCAGCCGAUGCAGCUCUUGUGGGUAAUGAGAAAGAAAAGCCUAUUGAAGCUUGUCAGCAGCUUUCUAGAGAUGCAGAGAGUAAACGACAAGGUUCAACGAGGACUUGCACCAAGGUUCACAAGCAGGGUAUUACUCUUGGGAGGUCUGUAGACUUGAAUAAGUAUAACAGUUAUGAUGAGCUGAUAGCUGAACUGGAUCAGAUGUUUGAGUUCAACGGCGAAUUAAUGGCUCCCAGAAAAAGUUGGCUGAUUGUAUAUACUGAUAAUGAGGGUGAUAUGAUGCUUGUAGGAGAUGAUCCCUGGCAGGAAUUUUGUAGCAUGGCUUGUAAGAUCUGCAUUUACACUAGAGAGGAGGUUCAGAAAAUGAACCCUGGGAAUCUGAACCCGAAGGUGGAAGAAAGCACAGUUGUAGCACAAGAAAGACUGGGUGCUAAAGAAGUGAAGUGUCUGCCGCCUGCUUCUGCAGCUAGUUCAGAUAAUAGUUAGGCAUGACUUGCAUGGCUGUGGGUAAGUAGGUAGGUAAGUAACUACCUAUUAUGUAGCCCUUGUGUGAUGGCCGAGUUGAACUUAUGCACUGGUCUCAAACGGUGGUCUGAAUACCCUGUGGUGGUUAUGAAAAGCAAAAAAUGAGUUCCAGAGACCUCUGAAGCAGAGUUUCUUAAAAUGCCAUCUGUUUUAUAGUCUCAGCAUUGAUACUGGCAAUCUGCAAGGAAUUGGAAGAGUAGAUCUUAUUACCAAGCUAGCCAUUAGAUUCUCUUGCAAUAGGUUUCCACGCUACUUAUGUGAUCAGUCAUGUGGUUUUACCUGUCCUUGCAUAGGUUUGAAGGCUGCACUUGAGACUUACCAGCGAAGGAUAUUGAGGGCACUUUCUCUGAUGCAAAGUAAUCCUACUCAUGCAGGAUAUGUGGGCGCAUCAUUUCUCCCAGUUUUGAUGUAGUGUGAUUUUUUGGUGUGUUUAGAAUAGAAAUACUGCAAUGCUUUUGUCCUAGUAUAUGAUACCAUAUAUUUAUAUAUAUAUAUAUAUACACACACACACACGCACACGUAUAUGCAUAUUCUCUGCAAGACUAGGUGACCUUGCAUCAUCCAACAGUGUAUAUAGUUCCUUUUUUGUUUAUUAUGGUCUCCUUUUUGCAGUUGAUACCUUGUAUCAUUCUCCUGUUCCCUCAGCAUUUUACUGUAGUAGAAUAUCAGGACCUUGCGCUCGGCUCAUUGACUACAA